GGAUAUCCGGUCUUUUCCAUUUUCGACUUGAUCUGUAGAAAAACGUGUGCGCAUAAAAUCGUAAAAAUAUGCCGACCAAGACCAAGAAGACCCGUAAAUUGAGGGGCCACGUCAGCCAUGGACACGGAAGAGUUGGUAAACACCGUAAGCACCCGGGUGGACGCGGUAAUGCCGGCGGUCAACACCACCAUAGAAUCAACUAUGACAAGUACCAUCCUGGUUACUUCGGAAAAGUUGGUAUGCGUUACUUUCACAAGACGAAUAACAAGUUCUUCUGCCCUACUGUCAACGUCGAUAAAUUAUGGUCCCUAUUGAGCGAACAACACCGCGAAAAAUACUUUGGGGAAAAACCCGACAAGGAGACCGCCCCGGUUAUCAACGUAGUUAAAUCUGGUUUCUUCAAGGUACUCGGCAAGGGAAAACUCCCAAGCAAGCCAGUCGUUGUUAAGGCUAGAUUCUUCAGCCGAAAAGCCGAAGAAAAAAUUAAGAAGGCCGGCGGCAUAUGUGUGCUCACUCCAUCUAACUAA